GCGCAGGUGUGAUUCUACUGCGCGUGCGUCAGGAGGAGCGCAGGUGUGAUUCUGUCCAUUCCCAACAGACCGUCUCCCCAAGUGGUGAGAGAGAGGACGACUGCAGGAGAAACAGUGUCCGAGGUUCAUGAACGCCGACGUGCCGACGCGCUGAGGAACCGGAUCGACGCGUCAACCGUUACGAUUUGUAAAAGCAGUGAAAGAGGAAACCUCUCCAAUCAUGAAGAAAUAUUCAUAUUCAGGGAGAUCAACCAGCACUCGGACAAGGAGAACCGAGAGAGAGGGAUCUGGCAUCACCAGCCCCACGCUGAAGCGUUCUUUUGAGGUGGAGGAGACAGAUUCAUCCACACACUCUUCCCCCCUGACUCGUCGGAACACCAACCCCCUCCGCUCAUCCAGCUCCUCCACAUCCAGCCAGCGGAGCUACGACCUGACCUCCCGCAACUCUGACUACUCCUCUUCCAGAUCCUCCCCCUCCGAGUCCUCCAAUCCACGCUCCCCAAAGACCGGCAUGAGGCGCGUUGAGUUAUCAGGGGGUCGUAACCCUGACGCAUCCCGUCGCACAGAAAUGUCCAUUGAGGUUUCCUCUAAGCAGAUUGACAACUCAACCAGUGCUGGCAUUGCCCGCUUUGGUCUGAAGCGCCCUGAGGUCAGUUUGAGCAAUCGGAGUACUCCACUGGACAGCUCCUCCACCUCCAGCUCUAGCUCUAGCUCCACAAACAGGCGGGUAGAGCUCAGCGUGACACGGCCACAUGAGCCCCCUGCCCCUCCCAAGAGGAUGGAUGCCCAGCUGUCCUCAGCCCCAAUCUCAAGGAUCCCUGAGCCCCCUCAGAGACGAGCAGAGCCCCCGUCCCCGAUCAUCAGCCCGGUUGAGGGGGCCUCAAUGAGGCCAGAGAUGCCUGUCUUCAGGCAGCUGGACGGUCUGGUGCCAAGCAGUGCAGUGGAGAACAACAACAACAACAACCACCCGCCUCCUGCACCUAGUGCCCCCCUGCCUUCCCUGAGUGAGCCAAGGGUGGAGAGGAUGCAAUCACCGGUCACAGAGCCACCCAAAGCCCGACCAACAGAAAGGCCACAGGUGAUUCCCAGCUACAGCAGCAGUGCCAUGUCUGAGGCGGUGGUGCCUGAUGCUAUGGUGUCCCCAGCAGUGGGCGGGCCGUACGGGGAGAAGGCCAGUGGCCCUGGGGUGGACUUCAGUUACGUGGGCAUUGAUGCUAUUCUUGAGCAGAUGAGGAGGAAGGCCAUGAAGCAGGGUUUUGAGCUCAACAUUAUGGUUGUGGGACAGAGUGGCCUGGGAAAGUCUACUCUGAUGAACACGCUGUUCAAGUCUAAAGUGAGCCGUAAGUCAGUGCAGGCUACAGCCCAGGAGAAGAUCCCCAAAACAAUCGAAAUAAAGUCAAUCAGUCACGACAUCGAGGAGAAGGGAGUGAGAAUGAAGCUGACGGUCAUUGACACACCAGGUUUUGGAGACCAGAUCAACAAUGAGAACUGCUGGCGGCCCAUCAUGAAGUUCAUUAAUGACCAGUACGAGGCGUACCUGCAGGAGGAGAUCAACAUCAACAGGAAGAAAAGGAUUCCCGACUCCAGAGUCCACUGCUGCAUUUACUUCAUCCCCCCGACCGGACACUGUCUGCGGCCUCUUGAUGUAGAAUUCAUGAGACGUCUCAGUAAGGUGGUCAACAUUGUCCCAGUCAUUGCCAAGGCAGAUACACUCACCCUGGAGGAGAGGGACUUCUUCAAAAAGAAGAUCAGGGAAGAGCUGCGAGCCAACGGGAUUGACGUGUACCCUCAGAAAGAAUUUGACGAGGAUGCCGAGGACAGAAUGAUCAACGAGAAGAUCCGGGAGAUGAUCCCAUUUGCUGUGGUGGGCAGCGACCAGGAGUACCAGGUCAAUGGCAGGAGGCUGCUGGGGAGGAAGACCAAGUGGGGAACCAUUGAAGUUGAGAACAUAGCCCACUGUGAGUUCGCCUAUUUACGGGAUCUCCUCAUCAGGACCCAUAUGCAGAACAUUAAGGACAUCACCAGCAGCAUCCACUAUGAAAUGUAUCGUGUGCGGCGCCUUAAUGAGAAUAACACGGUGGUGGCUCAUGCCAACGGUAUGCCGGAGCAUCAUCUUGCUGCCCACGAGAUGUAGACGCCCGCUGCCUCACUGCAUUCAACCUCAACUGGGUGUAAUUAUUAAUAUGAGAGUCUGACCCGCAUUGACAGUCUUCCAUCACUCCCUCCAUCUCAUAGGUGGGAUAGAAACUUAAAAGCCUGACAGUGGGACUUUAUUUUCAAUGACUGUCGGUGGCUGAAUGGACUGUUCAUGUCAGUUUUAUUGCCUCAUUAACAAACACUCUCCUCUCACUGUCGCUGACGAGGAGAGUGAAGAGAAGUUUGAUUCUUCAUGUGCUGCAUCUAGAUUUUAGCUGCUUCCAGAUCUUACGGUUAACUUUUGUGGUUUUUCCUUGUGGUGCCAAACAUUAAGGCAUCUGCCAAACAGAAACCACUUACACUUAAUUACACUUAAUAUCUUCCAUUGUCUGACUUGCCUUAACCAGAAACAUGUUAUUCUGCUCAAACUUUUACUUUUUUUUCUUUCAGCAGUGCUUAUAAUUAAUUAUUGCAUUCGAUCACUACAUUGUCUGCAUGUUGGGAUGGGGCCGGACAGCAUAGUCCUGUCUGUCUGUCUGUCUGUCUGUCUGUCUGUCUGUCUGUCUGUCUGUCUGUCUGUCUGUCUGUCUGUCUGUCUGAUGCAGCAUCAGUCAGCUCCCUCACCAUAGGUAAACAAAAAAAAGGUUAACUAGCAUAUGUUUGUUUGUUUCUUUGUCACAAGCUGUGUUUUGCUUUAACCGUUUGUUAAAUGUUAAUUAUGGAUGUUGGCAUCCUUUUUUAAUUCCCAUUCAUGUCAUUGUUUAUUAAUAGAAAUAUCUUAAGAGUGAUUUAAGAUGAAUAAGUAUUUAUGCAUGAUAUAAAAUGUGAAAGUUUAUCAUCAAUUGUGGUCCACUUAUCAGAUUAUUCCCCUACACACACACAAACGCACACACACACACACACACACUUUUCCUGCUUUUGGGCCCAUCCUAGUGCCUUAUUUAUUGGAGAACGUUUGCUAGCAUUUUGG